AUGCCGACGUUGCGUCGAGUGCGGCGGCGCACGGUUGACGGCGAGGAUCACCUCAGCGCGCUCCCUGACGAUCUGAUCCUCCUCAUAGUAAGCAGGCUGGCCACCCGGACGGCGCUCUCCACGGCUGUCCUCGCCAGGCGCUGGGCGCACAUCCCGCGCGAGCUGGCGGCGCUCGACUUCAGGGUGAGCGACAUACUCCCGCCGGAGUAUGACCGGACCGUCGCCCUCCGCCAGCGCAAUCUGCCGCGUGACACGACUUUGGCCAGGAUACUCGACGGUCUCAUGGUGGACUGCGAGAUCGAUACGAUGAGGACGUUCGCCAACGGAGUGACGAGCUUCCUGGAUGCGGAUGGUGCCCAGGACCGGCGCCUGAAGAUCCUCCGUCUCGAGUUUUUUCAGACACAUGAAAGCAUCUGCGCAGACCGCAUGAUCACCGCCGCGGUCGGCGCGUGGGGAGUGGAAGAUCUGGAGGUCGUCGUCAGGCUAGCGUCCGGCGAUGAUCAGACGCCGGCCUACAGCUUGCCUCACGACUGCCUCAACGCCCGGUCCCGUCUUCGAAGCCUGACGCUGGGAAAGUGCUGCUCACUGCUGUCGCUGCACAGCUACGGCACGCUCACCAAGCUCGUCCUGCGUGACAUUCCCACUUCCACGACCGUAGACGUGUACGAGAGGGUGUUCAAAGACUGCACCGGGCUACAGGUGCUUCACCUCAUCUCCUGCUGUUGUGCACAUCACACUUUGGUUGUGGACGCGCCGUGUUCACAGAUUAGGGAGCUCGUCGUGGAAGAGUGUUCUUUCAUGGAGAUCAAGCUGCGCAACCUCCCAAUGCUUGUUCGCCUGGCAUUCUGCCUAACCGAUACUCUAAGGAUUGAAUUCGGCUCGGUUCCGUGCCUCAUGGACACUAACCUCACAUUCUCUAUGGAGGAUGAUAGUCUAGUGGCGCUACGGCGUCCAGUGGAUAAGUUCGACUCGUUCCUUGGUAUGUCCCCCACCAUGGCGAACCUCGUCAUCCGAUUUACCAGGCUCAGAAGAUGGAUUGGGCCAAGUCAUACUAAGAGGCAGUUGCCGGACCUGAAAAGGCUCCUUGUGGCCGACAUGCCUUCAAACUGGGACAUCUCAUGGACACGCGGCCUCCUGAUGGCCUCGCCAUUUCUCGAGGUCCUGCACAUUCAUGUGCCUCAGUCGGAAACAGGGCCAGAUUACCUUCGCGGGAUGAAUUGGUCGAAAACGCAUAUUAAUCUUCGGCACCAUCACCUCAAGGAGCUAGUCGUGAUUGGUUUCACGCAGCGCAACAUAUGGCUUUUCAAGUAUGUUGUGAGGGUUUGCACAUCGUUGCAACGAGUUGUUCUGCUGAAGGAUGGCCAUGUUCGAUACAAGGGACUCUGGGAUUGGCAGAUGGUCGGGCAGUCAACAUGUACCUCAUGGAGCGAUGAUGAAAAGCUGGUGGCGAGAAGAAUGAUAAAAGAGUUUGGGCUCAGGCCUCUUGCUGAACUCAUCUUGGGAUGA